AUGUCACCCAUAGAUUUAAAUAAUAUCCCUAUCAUAGAUCUUGAUAGUUUCACUCAUGAAACCAUCUUUAAACAAGGUGAUAAAUAUUGGUUCUUUGAAAAAUCAGAAGAUGCAUUUCCAGGUCAAGCCUUUGGGUUAGAAAUUAACCAAAUUCUUUAUCAUACUAAAUCUCAAUUUCAAGAUAUCCUUAUUUUUAAAUCAUUAAGUUUUGGUAAUGUAUUAGUUCUUAAUGGUAUUAUUCAAUGUACUGAGAAAGAUGAAUUUGCUUAUCAAGAAUUAAUAACUCAUUUGCCAGUUAUGUCACAUCCAAAUCCUACCAAAGCAUUAGUUAUUGGUGGAGGUGAUUGUGGAGUAAUUAGAGAAUUAAUUAAACAUGUUGAAUUAGGUACCAUUGAAUCGAUUACCAUGGUUGAAAUUGAUGAUAUGGUGAUUCAAUUAUCAACUAAAUUCUUACCUGAAAUGGCUAAAUAUCAUAAUCAUCCCAAAGUAAAUCUUAUUAUUGAUGAUGGAUUUAAAUUUUUAAAAUCAACUCAAGAAAAAUUUGAUAUUAUUAUAACUGAUUCAUCUGAUCCUGAAGGUCCAGCAGAAGAAUUUUUUCAAAUUAAUUAUUUUAAAUUAUUAUUAAAUGCUUUACAAAAAGAUGGUAUUGUAAUUAUGCAAAGUAGUGAAAAUAUUUGGUUAAAUUUAUCUUAUCUUAAAAAUUUAUUAAAAAAGGCAAAGACGAUAUUUAAAAAUGUUAAAUAUAGUCAAUGUUAUAUGCCAAGUUAUACUAGUGGGUCAUUAGGGUUGAUUAUUGCUACUAAUGAUGAAUUAAAGGAUGUCACCAAACCUUUAAGAAAGUUAAAGCCCUCUUUAGAGGCAAAUUUAUUUAAAUAUUAUAAUAGUAAUAUUCAUCAAUCUUCAUUUGUGUUACCAACUUGGGCUCAAAAUGAAUUAAAGAAUUGA